AUGAAACAUAAUCUUUGGAAGAGACAUGUGCUGGACACCUAUGGUGAUGGUGAUGACGAAUUCCUCCUGGCGCUCGUCGGACCUCUUGACCGGAAUGAUGCGCAAGACGCUAUUCCAGGUAUCAUGUACUACAAAGCCAUCGACAUCCGAAGAGGAUUGUUUGCGAAGUGGAGAAUUGCUUCGGGGUCAUCCGCUCGUAUUGCUCUUGGGCUCAGUGACUUUGGUGGCACCGGAAAUUUAGACCUUGUGUCCACCAGCUUCAACGUCCGACUUUACUAUGAAGAACCGAAGCCUGUUACUACUCUCCACCUGAACCAGAUCGAGAAUCGGGAUAAAAUCCCAACUGUUUGUCCCAUUGUCCCUACUGCUUGGGAUAAUGAAUGUCUAAUAUAUCUUGCACGGGCUCGAGAGGUUCGAGAGCUGCACAAGUUAUCUCUAAUAGAGAUUGCCAACUAUGCGAUAAGCGUGGAAAUCCAUCCCAAAGAUGGUAAGAUCUCUCUCCCGUCCGGCCAGGGUAUCAAGGUUUUGUAUGGAUCAGUACAUGGCGAAGACAUCCGAAAGCCACUAGGACGUUCCGGCUUCCCUACAAUUUCCCCGGUCACCAGUAAUGGAACAACUCUCACAGCUAGCGUCGACAAGGGUGCUAUCAUGCUGCGUCUGGUUCCUCUAGGUGAGCCGGGAGAGUGGGGAAACACUGAAGACGUGCCAGUCAAGACGAUCGUUGACUUAAGCAAGAUGGGGCUCAAGCUUCCGCCUCUAAAUUUCCGAAAGGUAGAGGACCUUUGGUUCGGCGGCAACUUCAAGGGCAAGAAUUUCUGGAACCUGUCGGGGUUUCAUUUCCGCUUUGCUGACGACAAGUCGGAGAUUGCCCAUAUGCAAUUCUGGACUGCCGGACCUAAUGUUGACUGUGGCGUACACAAUCACAGCGCAGAUAUAUUCCAGGAGAUCCAUAUCUGCCUAUCUCCCGGUACCGGCAAUGGAGGGAUGUCUCGUCUGAUUGAGUCCAAGACAGAACCAAAGGUCAAUGACUGUAGUAGCCAGGAUUUUGAGCAUGUCGUGCUUCCCCGGCUCUAUGAACAUGGAGGCAUGUGGUAUCGGGACUCGUACGGCACUGUAGUGCGAAAUAAAGAGAAUGCGGUCGCGUAUCCUUAUCACAAGUGGCAGGCUGGCAGUGGGCCAAAUCUCGACAUUUGGCUUGCCCUCGAAUUCAACCCCGACCAGGACCUAUAG